AUACCCAAGAACCUCCUUCGCCACGUCUACUCCCUCCCCGCUUGCCCACACAUACAGUCUACUCUAGUCUCUCCAAUUCCCUCAGAGUAAUCGAAUCCCUCAACCUACCGUGUUCCUCCCCGCUUUGUUCGGCAUCUCAAGCAUCCUCGUGCUGGGCCUCCCUUGAUACGAGGCGACGACAUGUUCCGACGAAAGUGGUCAGGCCUGCCACCGGACCCCGAUUUCCCUACUGGUCUCAAAGAGCUCGGCUACUUCGUGAAUGAAGAUGACGAGAUCCGCUCCAUCCAAGACCCUCAGUACUACUUCAAGUACUUUUUGUGUCGAAACUCGCGAUGGAACGACCGUCAGCGCUACGCCAUGAACCAGUCAAUCCAGCAAGUAAUUUGGGAACGCCUCGAGGGCCUCGGUCUGAAGAAGCAGCUCCUCCCCCUCGGCGUCACCGACCCGGCUACACCUCAUGUUCCUAUCUUCGUCAGCGGCGAUAUCGCUCGCAAGUCGCGCGUUGUGGUUAUUUUUGGCGAGACAAUGCAGGAUCUUGGCGUACUAGCCUUCCGUGUGGCGGGUGGUCACGGAGGCGUGAACAAGGGCUCCGUCGUGUCCAUCGUGGCCGAACUCCAGAAGCAACGUUCCUCUGCCUCCGACGCAGAGCCGCCGGGUGUCGUCCUGGCUAACAUGGGCGAGCUCAUAUGGUUGCCCCAGGCGCAGCGUACUCUCAGCAUCCUCGCCUUCAACUGCGCACGCAUGAAAAGCGCCGUCCACAAAGGCAGGGUCGUGACGCCCGGGAACCUGGUCCCCGGUAAUGAAACCCCAAAGGCCCACGUCAAUUACAUAUUCAACGACGUCCUCCCACACCUUGUCAACGAUCGCGCCCGUCUCGACAUCAUCACCGUGGGCGAUAGUGCCGAAUUCGUCGAGCAGUACCUAGACCUACCUCCUGUAUGGCAGACUUGGCACAGGCGUAUCAAUUGCCUGGCCAUCGUUGGUGGGCAGUAUGCUAUAUGGGACCUUAACAACCAAGAGUUUAAGGAGUUCCUGAAAAAUAAAGCCCGUGCCUACACGACGUCGUUCGAGCCGGCCGGGAUGGUGCUCUCGGGCCCCGAAGGCAACCCGAAGACGACCGCCUUCACUCAGAUAGGUUGCCCCGUAUUCAGCAGCGGGGAGCCGCACUACACAGAGUGCACGCUCGUAGCCAGCGGCCGCAUCGUUCUCGAUUGGCUACACGAGGUAGCCACGACGCCCGACGGCGAGGACUACUCUAACCCCGAGUUCCAAAUUAUCUACGCCGAUCCCCCCGCCGAGGAGGUCGACGGGGUUGACUGGAGCCGGUGGAAGGAGGAGGACGCCGCUGCGGAGGAGAAGAAGGGGGAAGGUGAGGAGAAAAGUGAGAAGAAGGAAGGGCACGAGGGAGACGGGAAGUAGACUCUCGGUAGGAACCUGGGACGUCGUGAAGUGAUACGAGAAUUUGGAGGAACUGCGACACGCGAGCUUGCUUCCCGUCUAUCUCAAAAAGACAAGCACAAUAAUAAGUGCCCAUGGGACUCGCUCUCAAAGUACGAGGGAGAAGGGAUUUGCAGGCAGGAGGAAUAGUAAGCAGCUCCAGACAGAUGGGUAGCAAGUUGACAUAGACCUAAUAAAUGUGCGCUUCAUGCAUGCUUUUGAUGAACUCUCGCCUACUCCCCUCGCCGUAACUUUGCUAGGACUCUAGCACUUA